GCGCGCCGCCGCUCCACCGCCCGGCAGCUCCGCUUCUCCGCCGGCGCCUCUGCCUCGCCCGCCCGCGGCCGCUCGCAACUUGGCUGGCCUCCCCUUUGUCCGGCCCGGCCCGGCCGCCGCUCCCCGCCCGGAGCCGAGCUCCCGGUCCCCGGGCCGGUUGCCCGCGGCGGCUCGGAGCCGGCUGGGCGCGGAGGGGGCGGGGGCCGCGGCUCGCCCCCCGCCGAUGAGCCUCCGAGGAUCGCGGGCGGACGAUGGAACUCCACAUCCUGGAGCACCGGCUGCAAGUUGCCAGCGUCGCCAAGGAGAGUAUCCCGCUCUUCACCUACGGCCUGAUCAAACUUGCCUUCCUGUCCUCCAAGACCAGGUGCAAGUUCUUCAGUCUGACUGAGACGCCGGAAGAUUACACCAUCAUCGUUGAUGAGGAGGGAUUCCUAGAGCUCCCCUCCUCUGAGCACCUGAGCGUGGCGGAUGCCACCUGGCUGGCCCUGAAUGUGGUGUCUGGUGGUGGUGGCUUCUCCAGCUCCCAGCCCAUUGGCGUGACCAAGAUCGCCAAGUCUGUCAUUGCCCCGCUGGCCGACCAGAACAUCUCGGUGUUCAUGCUGUCCACGUACCAGACAGACUUCAUCCUGGUGCGUGAGAGAGACCUGCCCUUUGUCACCCACACCUUGUCAUCAGAGUUCACCAUCCUACGGGUUGUCAAUGGCGAGACUGUGGCAGCCGAGAACCUUGGCAUCACCAAUGGCUUCGUGAAGCCCAAGAUGGUCCAGAGGCCGGUCAUCCACCCACUGUCCAGUCCAAGCAACAGGUUCUGUGUCACCAGCCUGGACCCUGACACACUGCCUGCUGUUGCUACACUUCUCAUGGAUGUCAUGUUCUACUCCAACGGAGUGAAGGACCCAAUGGCUGCUGGCGAUGAUUGCGGCCACAUCCGCUUCUUCUCCUUCUCCCUCAUUGAGGGGUACAUCUCCCUGGUGAUGGACGUUCAGACCCAGCAGAGGUUUCCUAGUAACUUGCUAUUCACAAGUGCAUCUGGAGAGCUCUGGAAGAUGGUGCGGAUUGGAGGACAGCCCCUGGGAUUUGAUGAGUGUGGCAUUGUGGCCCAGAUCUCCGAGCCCUUGGCUGCUGCGGACAUCCCCGCCUACUACAUCAGUACUUUCAAGUUCGACCAUGCACUGGUACCAGAAGAGAACAUCGGCGGUGUCAUCAGUGCCCUGAAGGUCGGUCAGGCAGAGGAACACUAGAGAGUUGCCCCUGCCGCUGCCAGGCCUGGGCCCGGCCCCCACCCUGAAGCUUGUUCUUGCAGUAUUUCUCCACAGACUGGAAAAUUGGCCUGAGGACCCCCAAGGAAGAGGCCUCUGGGAGACCCCUGAUUGCCAACCCCUCCAGGCCUGGGGCCCAAGCCAAGGCCUCCCCGUGCCCUCCUGCCUUCCCAGAACCCUCAGAUCCUCCAGAGAAGGACCCACCUCCUCCCCCCCAACCACACCCUAGAAGAUGAUUUCUGAGGCCCAGGGACCAUGUGAGCUGACCCAUCUUCUCAUCCGUCCUCGCCUACAGCCGGGGCAGAUGCCAAAGGAAGCUGGUCCCGCCUAUGAGAUCCUGACAUGCCAUUCCUCAUGUCAUCCCAGGGGGCUAGCAGACCAGGGCUGAGUUUGUGGAGCCCCUAGAGGCCCAUAUGAGGGUGGAGGCUGAGUACUGUGGCCGCUGGUCUCUGGUCCCAUCAGCUCAGGGCUGGUUCCCUCAGAGUGGAGGCCAGCAGGUCAUAGUGGCUGGAGAGGCCCGGACAAGAACCCAGGUGGAGCCCCGCGCUGGGAAGGACCUGAGCCACUUUGCACCUCGCCUGCCAACCACAGGGCUUGUGCCCGAUGCCCAGCACGACUGCCAAGAGGGGCCCUGUCCAGAUCUCCCCCUGAUGAGUGCUCACUCCUUGGGGGAGGAGGGGCCCCAGGAGACCCACCAGCCUGGAGCACCGGCUCCUGUCCCUUCUGCUUUCCCUGGACCCUGCCUGGGCAGGCACAGCCUCAGUUUCCCCCAGCAGGGGCAUCACCAGUACUCUGGGCCUGGGGGCUCUUAGGGAUUUCCCCUCCUCCCCAACAAUUGACUAGACCAGCACAGGCCUCCCCGCCAUCCUCCUCCUCCCCUGCCCCCCACUCACCUGCCUGCCCGCCCACCCCUUGGCUGGGGCUGUGGCAUUCAUGAGUACUUGACCUGGGAGGCAGCUUAACUGAGCCUUAAUAGAGAAAAUCGUACCUUGUUUUAGUUUUUUAUUUAAUGUUUUUGCGCCCAGGCCGCUGUUGGCAGUGGUUUCUGUUUUCAGGGGAUGGGGCCUAUUUGAGUUCUGUUAUGGGGCCCAGGGGCUCAGUGUCGCUAUGGCUGCAGGGCCAGGCGUGAGAAUGGGAGGCUGCAGCAGGGGCCCCAGCCCUGCCCUGAGUGGGAACUGGAGGAGAGGUCUGUUGUAAGAUGCCGGAACCCUUUGGGGCCCGGCAUGAGACCUCCUGACCAGCCAUGACUCUGUCUGGGUGUCAGAGGGAGUGAGGUGGACAGUGGGCAGCAGGCCAGCCAAGUGGUCUUGUCCAAGGGAAAUGGGUUCAGUGCUGGUGGCCCCCGCCAUGGGGUGUGCUGUCAGAGCGAGCAGGACCCAGGCCUCCUAAGGUUCUUUCCCAGGCAGCAACUGAGUCACUGUCCCCAAGGUCAGAGGAGGAGGGAUGCUUCCUCAUCCUAGUGAAGGGCUCCCCACUUUUUCCAGCUGGAGAGGACCCUCUGAGCCUCAGAGUUCACCAGAUGGAGGAGCUUUCUUCAAGAUCUUUGCAGAUGCUCAGGGCCUGCCAUGCUAAUUAGGAACCCACUUUUCUUUUUUAAUUCAUUUUGCACAAAACUCCAAAACGAAACUUGUAAAUCGUUUGCUGGUCCCAAAAGGGAGGUGGCCAAGUGAGAAGGGCAGUGGUUAAAGCCGUGAGUCCCCUUUCUGUCCUUGGAAGGCCUUGAUUUUCCUUUCUGUUACUUCCCUGAUGGUGUCACUUCUCUGCUUUUCCUCCCGGCCCUGCGAGUGUGUCGGCCCCAUGACCCAAGUCGUGUGUUCCCUGACCUAGGACGUAUCUAUUGUAUACACCUAUAAAUACCUGUGUUUUAUGUUGAUAGAGAUAUAUACUGUAAAUAGCAUAUAUACUUGAGCAAUAUAUAUGUUAAUAUAUACUGUGUGCGCAGUAUGUGGACACAGACCCCACUGUGUGUGCACAUGCGUGGGCGUGGCGUCCUCUGCCCAACACUCAGCCAUGCACACAGGCACGUUUUGAGCCACCAUAUAUUUUUUAAUUCAAGUAUAUAGGCAAUACGAUUAUUAGAGAAGGCGAUUGAAUCCCUCAGACCUGACUGGAGAGAAAACAAAACCAGCAGCCACAGAGCCUGCAACACAGCCGGGACAAGUGUGAGGGUCUGCCAAGGUGUGGAUUGUACUGGGACGUCUGCUCUCUGUCUCCCUGGCUAAGACCCCUGGACACCCAUGUUUUAUUUUGGGGGAUGUCGGUUCAGAGGGAAGAGUAGUUGGAAUUUCUUUUUAAAAGAAUGCCCACCCCCAUCAGCAUCCUCAUCCUGAAGACCCGGGCCCACCGUGUCCCACCCAGGGUCCCCUCUCCUUGGGUGGUAGUUUUUAUGCAGGCGGCUGAUUUUUUUUUUUUUUAACCUGAAAGCUUAGAAAUCUCAGGUUCUUUGCCCAGGUCUCCUCCCAGGGACAGCCCCAUCUAAACAAGGACAGCACACGUGCAGGGGCAGGCUGUGAUGAGGGCACUGCUCUCCCACCCUGGCCUGCCCCACAGGUGUGUUCCCUGCUCUAGCCCCCAUGGUGGGAGCGCUCCCCUGGGGACCCCACUCCUUGGCCACAGAAGGCUCUUUAUUUCUCCCAUUCCCUCCUGCUUGUGUGAAGCAGCUUGGUUUCUCUUUUCUUGGUGUUCUGUGCAUAGCGUAGUCUUGGUUUGGUCUCCUCAAUUUUUUAGGGGGGAUGUGAGUGGUUUUCCCAGGGCCAUCUACCCUGUCCCUUCCCCCGCCUUUUUCUGGCCUGCUGGCUGUGGAUCUUUCCAGGCCCAGGUUCCAUUUGGAGAGGUGUGUGUUUCUCACAGGGCCCACAUCCCAGCAGGUGCAUGGGGCUCCCUGCCUGGCUAGGGCCAUGUGUCCCCUCAGGCAGUCUGAGGAGGAUGAGCAUGUUCGGGAGGGAAACCAGGCUCUUCACACCGUGGGGGCACCAGGAACAUGGGCAGGGCUGUGGCAAGAGAUGCUGCCUGGGCUCUGAGUGUACCCUUGCCUCUGUGUGGCUCCCCAGUAAGAAAAGCUCAGUCUGAACAUCUUCUCCCCUCCCCUCUGUACCCUGCAAAGUGGUGAGAACUGGGGGGACCAUUGACCCUCCCCACUGAUGGGAGCCCUGCCUAAGCACAGGGCCCCCCAGUCCUCAAGAAACGACUUUGUCAGCCCCAGUCCUGUCCCCACGAAGACUGUUCCUCCUUCCUCCACAAGGUUUUGAAGCCCCUGGGAGCCACUGUCCAGCGCAUCCCCAGCCCAGGCAUGAGGCAGCCUUGAUCCUGCUAGUCCCCUGCCCCAAAGACCCAGGGGGCCAGAGCCUCCCAAACCACCAGCAGCCUUCUCCCCACCUCAGGCCCCAGGCUGUUCCCACAUGAAAAGGGAAGGAGCUGGUUGACCCAAUGAUCCCCAUUGUGGCCACCCCAGCAGAUAGCAUGGCUGCAGUGACCAAUUUGGUGUCCAACAGAAGGAUGCUUGGUCCCCUCAAGCAACAGAGGGUGCCAUGGCAGUCAGGAAAGAAGACGCUGUGGGAAGGGCUAGAACCCAUUCAAGCCCAAGGCACCAUUCGCCUGAUAAUCUUCAGAAGUGAAGCUGGCUGCCUACUACCAGCCCCCCAGCCAUGUUUCCCAGGGAGACCCUUAGGAGUCCCAAGGCUACCCUAAGCCACCCCUCUGCACCUAUAGAUCUGGAUGUGGGGACUAAGAGAGGGGACUUCUGGGGCACCCCCAGGUGACCACAGAGCAUUCCAGGUGUGGUACUGAGGGAUUCUUUUUGCAGUGAAGCAAUAGUUGGGGUGGGUGGGCAAAAGACGCCUCCAGGCCUUCAGUCCCUUGAGCAGGGCCAGGAGCAGAGGAGUUGGCAUUGAUGGGCCCUAAGUAAGGGCUUUUGAGCAGUGUAACAAGACCUCAGCUCUGGGUGCAGAUGGUACGGUUGGGCCUGGUGGGGGUUGCCUUCCCAGAGAGGCCACCAACCCUGGGGAGCUGCAUAGGCGCAGGUAGGCAGACUUGGGGAAAGUGGCCAGGACUUGUCAUGAGGGGAAUUGGGCCCUGGUAUAGCUAGGUACCUUUUCUGGCAUCUCGAAGCUUAUCCCAGCUUGCUUGCUUGCUUGUUUUCAUUUUCAAAUUAAAGGGAGCAAAAAGACAAGCUUAAUUGUCCCUUGUGCCCCUUUCCACAGACUGGGAAGAAGCCACAGAGCAGGCUAUGGCCAACUUUGAUCCUCAGGCCCUCCUGUGAAGGCCAAGGCAGCCGGUGGUCCUGAGGGCUGAUGGCACCAGUGGCCUGGAGUAGAAAGCCCAAGGCCUUCACACCAUGGGGGCGCCAGGAACAUGGGCAGAGCCGAGGCCUAGGCCUAGUGUCUAUGGGCAGUCUAGUGGCAAGCAUUGGUGGUUUUUGAUAUGAGGGAAGUGAAGCAGGGGAGAGUUGGAAGUGCAGGGCAGCCCUGCCCUGGGAGUCGGGAUGCUGGUCUGUGCGUAUUUGUGUGUGUGUGCGUGAGCAUGGGCGUGUGUUACACACAUUAGUGUGGGCAUGCACACAUGUGCAGAGCCCAAAUCUUAGCUAUGAGACUGGCUCUUUCAGUAUUUUGAGUCUGGGGUAGCAAUCUUGCCAUGGAUACAGAGGGGGUUAGGUGAGUGGUGGGCAGGCCCCAAACACAGGCAUAGGGCGGGGUUACCCUGGAAGGACAGCCUCACUCCAUGGACUGGAGGGGCAGAGGCAUCCCCAGCAGGGGCCUGAUAGUCCAUAAGUCAGUGCAAAAGGGCUGGGCCUGCCCACUGUACAGACAGUAUUCACAGGGAGGGGCUGUGUGGGCCAGCGCCCCCAUACCUACCAGGGCUCAUUCUGGAAGGGCAUCCAGCAAAGUUGGAGACCCACUGUGUUUGAAGGGGUGAAAAGCAGGCCAGAUUCAGGUCCCAAGACAGGCCAAGCUCAGUGAAUUUUCUUUUCCACUGACUCAGUUUCCCUAUAUUCAGAAACGAUCUGGGAAGAGGUGAGCAGAGUUGGCUCCAACACAGUAGGGGGCAAACAACAAAACAGCCCCAGACCCUCCCCUCCCUGUAUGCCAAAACCAUUUCCGUUAUCCUGACGGGGCUGAGUGGAUGGUGGGUGCACAGUGGGGCUGUGAGGGCCUCUGCCCUGCCCAGAGCCCACCUUUGGAGAGGCAGGGGACUCCUGCCCACAGCCCCCUCUGGCCCGGUCACCAGCAGUCACAGUGGCACCUCAUUGGUCCCAGGGUCUGGGUGAAGGGGAGAACUGGCCAUCCUGCCCCCACCUCCUGGGGCCCUCACGCUUAUUUUCUUGUUGAAAACACAAACCCUCAAGAUUCACGUACUGUAUGAUGGCAAGAAAAAAGUACCUAAUGUUCCCCCUAAAAAAGACAGUAUAUUUUGUACUUUGUAAAGUGUUAAUUAAAAUGAA